UACACACUCCUUGCUCUCCGUCGUGUCUACGAAAUCCAAGAUGUCCGGACCAGCUUCUGGCUCUGCAGACCGUCGGGGCCAUGUAUGCCCGCCAUCAGAUGCCGCUCAUCCAAGUGACCGCUGGGAAUCUAUGUUCAUUUACUCCUUCAUCUGCAAAUUCACGAACCUCCGGGCCAAGGUCGAAGGGCUCGAGACGCCGAUGGACCUCGAGGAGGCUCUUUUGUCGCGCGAACCCAAUACCAUCCUUACCGAACUCCUUGCGCGAUUCAUUCUCAAUCUGAAGCCUCAGACGCGUAACUUGAGUAUCGAUCAGAUAUCGACUACCGUAGCUUCUGUCCUCGGCGACUAUCUGAAGAGCAACGAGCGCACGAUCUUCUGGGACGACUAUCUCAAGUUAAAUAAGGACCCAUUUGAAGAUCUGGACGGUGGUUUUUUCUCGGCGGACUGGGAUUUCAAGCUCAAAAUACUGCGACAAUUGGUGGAACUGCAACUGACGCAUAACUCCGACAUAAAGAACACGAUUGAUCGCGCUUGGGGCGUGUCACAUCGGAAAAAGGACACGGCUACUGGUCAAACCGACUCUAGUGAGGCUGCGACCCAGGCAGAACUCCAACACGUCCCCAUUGGCCAGGACGUUCAGAGAAAACGUUAUUGGGUUGUUGAUGAUUCACCACGACUCUAUGUGUCGACGAAUCCGUGGAAAAUCACAGCGACAUUUCAGACUGUGGCGUCAACCCGGGAAGAAUAUCUCGAAGUAAUCGAGAAUUUGAGGAAGGACCUUCCUACUACCCAAUUGAAGAAAGGCGAAAAGCGCUCGAAGAUGGAAUUAUCCCAUAUCUCUCUGGUUUCAAGUUUAGAAGAGCGGAUUGAUGCUAUUGACAUCGAAUUGGCCCGCGUGGAGAAAGCACGAAAGAAAAUUGAACAGCGACGCGCCGCCAUCGCCCGAGCUGCACAGGUGGAAGUUCGUACCACCAGGACGCGGCGACAAGCACGGAAACCUGAUUACGUGUAUAAUAACGCUGACUUUGAUGAUGAGGCAAGCCUGUGA